CUCGUUGGAGACCAUGGAGUUCUUAGUUGGUUUUGCAAUUCUCUUGAUCUUGGUUGUCUUCUCAAGCGUGUUCUACCUGAGAGUAGCAUCGCAAUCGCCAUCACUCCCCACUCCACUGCCGAUCAUCGGCCAUCUUUACCUCUUGGGAAAGCUCCCUCACCACUCUCUCCUCGCGAUUGCUCGAAAGUAUGGCCCCCUCGUCAAGCUCCGGCUUGGCUCGGUUCCCGUGGUGAUCGCGUCAAGCCCCGAGAUGGCGAGAGAGUUUCUAAGAAACCAGGAUCUCACCUUUGCAUCGAGGCCGACGUUGCUCACCACGAAGUACAUCCUCUACGACUCCAAGGACAUGGUUUUUGCUCCAUACGGCGAGCACUGGAGGAGCAUGAGGAAGCUGUGCGUCGUGGAGCUCCUGACGGACCGUCGCCUCGCCUCGUCGCACCAGGCAAGGCUCGAAGAGCUACAGAGAUUGUUAGCGAAGAUCGCAAAAGUUGCGGAGACGAGCAAACCUUUCGUGCUGCUAGAUCUGCUGACGGAGUUUACGUUCAACGUCAUCACCCGGAUGGUGAUGAACAAGGCUUACUUUGGAUCCGGAGAGACGACGGAGGAGCUCGCGGCCACCAGAGACUUCAUCCAUAUGCAAGAGCAAGGAACCAUUCUUCUCGGGGAGUUCCACAUCGGCGACUACAUCCCGUUUCUCAAGUGGUUCGACUCGAGCGUCGCCAAGAUGAAAGCCCUGCACAAGAUCCAGGACGAGUUCCUGCAAAAAGUGGUCGAUCAGCACGUCCUUGCGAGGCAAAGCAGAGAACAAACUCAAGCUCACGAUGGAGGUGGAGAUUUCGUCGACACACUCUUGUCUCUAGACUCUCCAGAUCCAAACAAUCAAGCUAGAAACAUCAAGGCACUCAUCCAGAAUCUCUUGGGAGCUGGAACAGACACCUCCAUUACCACGAUCCAAUGGGCAAUGGCGGAGCUGCUAAACAAUCCCAGAGCCCUGGAGAAAGCACAGGAAGAAUUACGCGCGAAAUUCGGCAAUGCCCGCCAGGAAAUCAUCCAAGAACACGAGCUAAAAGAUCUACCAUACCUCCACGCAGUGAUCAAGGAGACCUUCCGCCUCCAUCCGCCAGCGCCGCUCCUCAUCCCCCACCAAUCCACCCAAGACACCACCGUCGCGGGCCUCGCCAUCGCCAAGGGCACGCGCCUCUUCGUCAAUGUCUAUGCCAUCGGCCGAGACCCUGCCCUGUGGAAAUCCCCCGACGAUUUCCUCCCGGAGCGGUUCCUGGGAUCCAGCAUUGACGUCCACGGCAAGAAUUUCGAGCUCCUCCCGUUUGGAUCGGGACGGCGCGGCUGCCCUGGCAUGGCGCUGGGAUUGAUCACUGUCCAGCUCGCCCUCGCGAAUCUGCUGCAUCGAUUCCAGUGGAGCUUGGCGCCGGGCGUGGACGCGCAUCCCAUGGCCGAGUGCUUCGGCGUCGUCACCACCAUGGAAAUCCCACUCCGCGCUCGAGCAAGCCCUAAUAAGGAUUGA